GUCGCUUCUCUGCAGACUGACCGGAUUUUAGCGGCUGAUCCCACUGUCACCUCCAACACCUCUGACUCGACUAACUUUUUCUACUCUUCACCUCAACAUUACUAACCGGACCUGCUCGCUGAAAUCCACGGGAAUAUCUCACCUGAAAGGAACCGUUGAUUCACAUUCUGCUGAUUUCUUUCUUUCUUUCUUUUUUUUUUGUUGCAAAGUUAACAUCGCCAUGUCUUGCGGUGAUGCGUCGGAUCAGAGUCGGCGGUUCUGUGUGUUGUCUUGGGAUCAGGUGCAGCGCUUGGACUCGAUCCUGGGGGAGGCUGUCCCCAUCCACGGCCGAGGAAACUUCCCCACUCUGUCCGUGCAACCACGCCAGAUUGUACAGGUGGUGCGGGCAAGGCUGGAGGAGAGGGGUGUGUGCGUUAAGGACGUGAGGCUGAAUGGCUCGGCUGCCAGCUACGUGCUCCAUCAGGACACUGGACUGGGCUAUAAGGACCUGGACCUGAUCUUUGCCGUGUCACUGAAAGACGAUCAGGCCUUCCGUCUGGUGAAGGACGUCGUGCUGGACUGCCUGUUUGACUUCUUGCCGGCCGGGGUCUCAAAGGAGCGCAUCACGGCACUGACCCUCAAAGAGGCCUAUGUACAGAAACUGGUGAAGGUCUGUAAUGACACUGACCGCUGGAGCCUCAUCUCGCUGUCUAACAACACUGGCAAGAAUGUGGAGCUAAAAUUUGUAGAUUCUUUACGGCGACAGUUUGAAUUCAGCGUGGACUCCUUCCAGAUUUGCCUCGACUCUCUACUCUUAUUUGACCGCUGCUCAGAGACUCUCAUGUCUGAGAGCUUUCACCCCACUGUGAUUGGGGAGAGUGUGUAUGGGGACUUCAAGGAGGCCAUGGAUCACCUGUGUCAGAGGACCAUAGCGACACGCAACCCGGAAGAAAUCAGGGGGGGUGGAUUACUGAAGUACUGCCACCUGCUGGUGCAAGGGUUCACGGCCUCUUCAGAGGCGGACAUGAAGCACAUGCAGCGCUACAUGUGCUCACGUUUCUUCAUUGACUUCUCUGACAUUGGAGAACAGCAGAGGAAACUGGAGGCCUACCUGCAGAAUCACUUUGCUGGGAUGGAGCACAAACGGUACGAGUGCCUGACGACUCUGCACCAGGUAGUGAACGAGAGCACCGUGUGUCUGAUGGGCCACGAGCGGCGCCAAACGCUCAACCUCAUCUCCAUGCUGGCGCUGACUGUGCUGGCUGAGCAAAAUGCCAUCCCCACUGUAACGAAUGUCACGUGUUAUUACCAGCCAGCUCCGUACGUGCAGGACAUCAACUUCAGUAAUUACUAUAUUGCACAUGUGCAGCCGCCGCAGGUCUCACCGUGCAGUAAUUCAUAUCAGACGUGGCUGCCCUGUAGCUGAUCUGGCUGUGAGAGGAGCAGAGAUGGACGUGUCGCCAUCGCUCUUUAUGUUUCAAAGGAAGUGGAAUGAAAAAAAAAAUAAAAAAAAUAAAAAAACCAAACCCAUUUUUGCCAAAUGUGACUUUACUAAAACAAUCCUG